AUGAAUAACGCCAACGAUAAUUGUGCGGUAAAAAUUGCUGUCAGGGAAAGACCUGUAAGGGAAUCAUUGAGCAAUAGCAGGGAACCAAGCGUCAUUGGCUAUCAUCCCAAUUCUAAUAUUUUAGUCGUUGAUGAGAGGCCAUUCAGUUUUGACUAUGUGCUGGGCCCUAAUGUUGGCCAAUCACAGGUGUUUGAGGAUUUAAUAAAACCCCUUGUGAAGAAAUUGAAGCUGGGCUUCAACUGUACUGCAUUAGCGUAUGGACAAACGGGUACAGGGAAAUCGUAUACCAUGGGAUUGGAUUCGACGAAUUUUGAUGGAGAACAUAUUGGUGUUGUACCGCGAGUUUUAAAGGAAAUAUUUUCCGAUGAAGCACAAAAUAUAUGUGAUGCUGAAAACCAAAGGACCCCACCAGCUGUAAAAAGAGAAAUAUCGGCUUCGUUUAUAGAAAUAUACAAUGAAAAGGUCUACGAUCUAUUAGCAGAGAAUGCUAGUGAGCCCAUUAUUGCUAAAGGUUACAGAUAUACGGGUGGGUCACGUAAAUCUUUGACAAAUAUUAAUGAAUGCCAUGCCAUACUAACGCAAGGUAAUAAAAAUCGACAUGUUCGGCCUACAAAAAUGAAUUCGCAAAGUUCCCGCUCCCAUGCUAUUUUUACAAUUCAUCUACGUUGUAUUACGAAAAGUGCAAACGAUGAAGAAGCCAUUACGUCGUCCUGCAUGAAUCUGGUUGAUUUGGCCGGUUCUGAAGGUGUGAGACGAACAGGCCAUCAAGGUGUAGCUAUGUCAGAGGGCGUUAACAUAAACCAGGGACUACUGUCUAUAGGUAAGGUUUUACAAGCCAUGACUAUGGGAAGUAAGGUCAUACCAUACCGUGAUAGUGUUCUUAGUUCUGUGUUACAAGAUUCGCUAAAUUUGAACUCAUAUUUAACCCUGUUGGCUUGCAUCAGUCCUCAUCGAGAGGAUUUAAGUGAAACACUAUCAACGUUAAGGUUCGCCCAAAAUGCCAAACAAUUGAAAAAUACACCUCAAAUCAAUAGUAUAAUUGCGGAUAUAAAGAAAAAUGCAAAAAUCAAACAAACCCCUUACAAGACAAAGCCUCUGCAAAAUCAUAAUUCUAACAGAGCCACCCCAAUGAAAAGGACAUAUACGGCAAUCAACGUAAUUCCUGUAAAGUCAGCCGUUAAAAGCAAUACUUUUUGCACUCCCAAGAAACAACGUGCUGAAGUAAAUCGUUGUAAUCAAACUGAGAUUGCAAGUAGUAAACGACCGAAAUUGUCAAAUGUCGCCAUGAACCUGCCCAAUAUGGCACAACUAGAGUCUACACAUAAUCGAGAAUCACUCUUCAAUCGAAGCAUUGAUUCUAAUGGAUCUCUAUUAAGCCUGAACAUAUCAACUUCCACAGCAGUUGAUGGAGCGCCCAACAAUAACGGAAAUAACAAUUUCAGUCCAGUUAUUCGCAAAUAUAUGACGGAGUUAGAAUCCGGAUUGGAGAAAAAAUUCAUGGACAUUUUACAGCGUAAUUUACAUGCAUUAAUGCCCCCACAGACUCCAUCGUUAGCCCAACAUCAAACACCGUUGACUCAGAAUAUGCGCCAAGAAAUUAAAACCAUUAUGAAAGAAGUUCUCCGGGACAGUCCAUUAAAAGCGAAUGCGAAAUGCCAGUUGUUCAAUACAAGCGAAGACUUGUUUAAAGUACCAGAAGUACCACAUGACACUAAACUUCCACCAAAAACAUCUAGCCCUAACACGGAAAAUGAAAGAGUAUCCUUCACAGAAACAUUUUUUGCAGGUGCGACAGUUUCUGAUAAAAAGGAUUUGAAUAAGUCUAUAAGACGAUCAAGGCGCAUUUCUGAACGCUUCGGUAUUGUGCAUUCCAUCAUUGAUAAUGAAUCACUGAAUUGCGCCGGUCCAUCACAAGAAAACAUUCACAAUAUUACAAACAGGCGGCGAAGUUCGCGUCGAUCGGUCUUGGAGAGGUAUGCCGAACGGCACAAAAAUGUCCGACUUGAUACAUACAACGAAGUGGAGGAAAUCCCCGCGGAGCCAAUAAUAAUGACAAAAACUCCAAAGAACAAGAAACCCACUAGGAAAACAAAGGACCCAAACAGCAGUUUAAUUUCACAGAUUUGCAAUAGCUCGUCAUCGUCGUCCAAUGCCAAAUCAAGAUUGAGUAAACACAGGAAGGGCGUUUUGGAACUUCUCAAUAAAGGUUCAUUGAAAGAAAUACAAAUCUUACCAAUGAUUGGGCAAAAGAGAGCUUUCCAAAUAAUAACACAACGAACACUACAUGGCAAAUUUAAAUCAUGGAAGCAAGUUGAAAAACUACCCCUAUGGCGAGGGAAUGAAUGGGAAAAAUUUGCAGAGGCAAAUUGUUUGGUGUGA